GUUCCGGGAGGCGGGCGCGACGGAGGCCAGUGUGGCUGGGUCUUGGAAAGGGGGGCAGCAGUCGGGGGCUGCAGAACUCCGGCGGGCGGCGAGCGGGCGGCCGGGGCGGGACGUUUGCUAGGUGGGGGCUGUGGGGCCGACGGUUGGGCCGCGGCGGCAGGGACGGAAGGGGCGGCCGGCGGGCCGGGGUAGCUCUGAGGAGCAGACUAGGGCCCUGCCGAUUCCUGAGGGGCGGCUCGGGCCCCUUGGGCCCGGGGCUGGUCGGCGGGGCCGAGGGAGCUGGGCGGGCUGCGCUCCCGGUUCGGCCCUGCCCUGCGGCCCGCCCUCAGCGUUUCGGGCCUCCGGGCCUCGCGCCCGCCCAAAGACUGCAUGUCCGGUCGCCAUGUGUGGUGUGAAGCGCUUUGACAUCUCUGAAGGGCUUUGUAGUCCUGGAAGCGCUUUGACAUCUCAGAAGUAGCGCUGUGCAAACUGAGGCGCUUGGUAAUCGCGAAAGCACGUUGCGGGCUUGGAAACCGAACCGACGCCUUUAGUGUAGCUUAGAUCGUUGGACUUCUCCGAAGCGCGUUGGCAUCUCUGAAACCUUGAGAACUGUGAUGGGCAGUGGAAAGAAGGGGGAAAGGUGCCCAUGGCGUCGGAGAGGCGCAAGGUCAAGUACCACUGGAGCAGCACUUCGGAAGGGUGUCCCCGCAAGCGCAGCUGCCUCCGGGAGACCAGUGAUGUGGCCGCCUCCGGCCGGCCAGCUCAUGAUGGCUCUGUGUUGCGUUCAGGAGGGGCCAGCAGCCCCAAGCGCCUGAAAGCCCAAGAGGAGGACGAUGUGGCCACGCCGAGGUUGUCCUGGGGCUCAUCCCGCCGCAGAAAUUCCUCCUCCUCCUCCCAGUCCUCCGGCCCGAGUGUGGGCGGGGUUGCCUCCAAAGGCUGCCUGAUUCAGAGCGCACGGGGGUUUAUUUCGUCAGGGGGAUCCCCUCUUCGCCCUGUCAACCCCUCUCUAGAAGAAAUGGCUUCUCUAGAAGAGGAAGCCUGCAGCCUUAAGGUUGACUCCAAAGAUAGUUCUCGAAACUCCACAAACUCUGAAUUUGCAGCUGAAGCUGAGGGUCAGAAUGAUACAAUUGAGGAACCAAGUAAGGUCCAGAAAAGGAAAAGGGAUAGACUUCGAGACCAAGGCUCUACAAUGAUCUACCUGAAGGCUAUCCAGGGCAUCCUGGGAAAGUCGAUGCCGAAAAGGAAGGGAGAGGCCACCACUAGGGCGAAACCAAACAUAGGAGAGCGUCCCAGCUGUGGAGAAGGGCCAGCCAAAAGUGUCACUGCACCAGCUCCUCAGGAAGGGAAAGAGUCAGCCCCGGAGGUGAGAACAGAGGAGAAGGCUGAGCUGGAGAGGAGCAGCUUCUGUGGUAGGAGAGUGGUGAUAGACCCUCAGGAGGAGCCGGCCGAGCGGCCGCCUAGUGACCAGAGGACAGUCAUCGACAAGCAUUCUCCACCCCUGGAGUUUUUGGAUGACUCUGAUUCUCAUUUAGAAAGCCAAAAGCCUAAAGAAAGGGAGGUGGUGCUAGAGCACACCUCUUCAGGAAGUGACUGGUCCGAUGUGGAUGAGGUCUCCACAGUUAGAUUCUCUCAGGAGGAGCCUGUCUCACUGAAAGUCUCUGCAGUUUCAGAGCCUUCCGCUUUCCCAACUGACUAUGUCAUGUACCCAGCUCAUUUGUACAGUAGUCCCUGGUGUGACUACGCCAGCUACUGGACCAGCACUCCCAGGCCUUCUGGCUACCCCUCGCUGGGCAGCAGCAGCAGCGACACAUUGCAGGCGGGGAGGAGCAGCAGGGGCCACCUGAGUGACUGCUCCUCCAGUUCUGCGGUGAGCUCCCCAAACACCUUCAGAGACCAGGAGAUGGCAGAGGAAGGCAGGUCCCAGAAUUCUCGUUCAUUUCGUUUCUCCAGAAGCUCUGAAGAAGAGGUGAAGGAGAAAAGAACAUUCCGGGAGGAGACACCUCCACGUCCUUGUGGAGGACACACAUCCAGUUCCCUGUCAAGGAGCUAUCGGGAGCCAAGCCUCGAGGAGGGUUUCAUUGACACCCAUUGUCACUUGGACAUGCUCUAUUCCAAGUUGUCUUUCAAAGGGACCUUUACCAAGUUCAGAAAAAUUUAUAGCAGCUCCUUCCCUAAGGAAUUUCAGGGCUGCAUCUCUGACUUCUGUGAUCCUCGGACCCUGACGGAUUGUCUAUGGCAGGAGCUUUUGAAAGAGGAUCUGGUUUGGGGGGCUUUUGGCUGUCACCCUCAUUUUGCACGUUACUACAGUGAGAGUCAAGAAAGAAAUCUUCUGCAAGCCUUACGGCACCCCAAGGCUGUGGCAUUUGGGGAAAUGGGCCUGGAUUACUCUCACAAGUGCACCACACCAGUCCCAGAGCAGCACAAGGUGUUUGAGAGGCAGCUACAGCUGGCUGUGGCUCUGAAGAAGCCCUUGGUGAUCCACUGCCGAGAAGCUGAUGAAGAUCUGUUGAGCAUCAUGAAAAAAUUUGUGCCCUCAGACUACAAGAUCCAUAGGCACUGCUUCACUGGCAGCUACCCGGUCAUCGAGCCCUUACUGAAGCACUUCCCCAACAUGUGUGUGGGCUUCACGGCAGUCCUGACCUACUCCUCGGCCUGGGAGGCUCGGGAAGCUCUGAAACAGAUCCCACUGGAGAGAAUCAUUGUGGAAACCGAUGCUCCCUACUUCCUGCCUCGGCAGGUUCCCAAAAGCCUCUGCCAGUAUGCCCACCCAGGUCUGGCCUUGCAUACAGUUCGAGAGAUUGCCAGGGUCAAAGAUCUGCCGCUCUCACGCACCUUGGCCAUCUUGCGUGAGAACACCAAUCGCCUCUACAACCUUUAAGCUGAGAGAGUGCAGUCAGGAGUUCCGCAGAAAAGGUCGUAAAAAUCACAUUAUGUUUUUGAAAAUCAGGACAAAAAUAUUUUUGCUGCAUUUUCUUCAUGUAGAGAAUGUUGUAAACAUAGGCAUGCAUUAAAGCUGAUCUGCCAUGAGGAGACUUCAUUUGGAACCUUCUUCCUUUUCUCUUCCCAACCCUCCAGGAAAACCAGUGGCCUGACAGAAGACAGGCUGGGUUUGAACUCCGCCUGUACGUCCCAGGUCAGCGCUGUUUUCUGAGAGCCCAUAGGAAUGGAGAAAACGCAAACAGGAUAUUUUUCUUGAAACCUUGUCAUAAGGCUUCUGCUGCUGGCUGGUGGGCAGGAUCCGGCUGGGGUCAGAGGAGUGGGAUGAAGGGCUGGGGUUUACCUCAUGGCCGUGAUGCUCCGGGGCAGUCGGUGAUGAAGAGAGGCCUGUACUGGUGCACCAAGUUUGCAGACCCAGAUCCCCAUUCUCUGCAGCUUGUUUCUGAGCAGUCUGUGAACAGUUACCCUCCAACUCAUCCAGGCACAUGUGGGAGUGUAACUUGGUUUCUGGUUCUCAGUUCUAAAAAGGAGCUCAUAAGUGGGAGAGCUCCCCUGGGGACCUGCAAUGGAGACCUGGCUCAAAGGUUGAUUUUUCUGCACCCAGUGCAGUCAGCCCGCUUCCUCCCCUGGAUUGCUCUGCAACUUGGUCCUCUCUGUUGCUGUGUCACCUCUCCAUCUGCACAGGAGGGACCUCAGGUGCCCGUCUCACUGGCUCCACUGCCAUCAGUCUGGAGGGGGCACUAGGGCGCUCAUUGUCCAGAGGAUGUCCUGGCUGGUAGAGAUCUGAACAGACUGGAAGACACAAGGAAGAGGCCUUCUUGAGGAAGAGGACCCCAAAGAGGGCGUUCCUGCUCACCGAUGUUCAUAGGGGUUGGUUUGCAGCAGAAGCUACCUGCUAGUCUGCUGUCAGGUCCCUGCCGCCCUUUGCUCCGUUUUUGCCCCCUUCUGGAAUACUGGACCAAAAAACUCCUGUUUCAUCCCAUAUAACAGCCCUUGUGUGUCCCAUCCAGGUUGGGAGGUAAACCAAUUUAAAUAUACAAAGCUCUGGUGGGCAGCCCAGCCAUGUUCUAUUGCCUGUGCAGAAGCUGGCCUGGUGUCUGUAAAUCUCUUGGGCCUCUGCCUCUGUCCUUCUCAGUGUUGGAAUUGAAAGCCUCUCCUUUGACAUUUGAGCAGCCAGGUCAUCCAGUUAUGAGCUCUGCUCUGUGCCCUGCCGGUGCCUUGUAAAGGUAUAUUUGCUACAGGCCCUGGAAGGUUACAAUGGCUAAGGGUUAAGUAUGAGGACACUACACUUACAACAGCUAAGGGUUAAGUGUGAGGUGACUACACUUUGUCCAGAGGGUCCGUCACCCCAGUCCCCCUCAGUGAAACAGGCCAUGCCGAGUCCCCUGCCUGCUUCUUGGAGGAGAGGAGCUUAUGUUGUAAAGUUCUUCACCUAAUGCUGGAUUCCUUUAGUGUUUUGAGAAGGUGCGUUUGAGUCUUGUAAGCUAAAAGAGAAGGGACUUACCGCUUGCUAUCUGUUAUUUCCAUCUUGCCCUGGUACAGUUCACUGGCUUGAGAAGUAGGCCUCUUUUCACUGUUGACCUUCCAUGGAUCAGCUGUGUCUGUGCCUCAAAUUGCCUAUAUGGGGAAUCCAGGGCCUUGUUCUACUUGGAUCAUUGGAAGACUGAGUAUUUCAGAGUGCUUUAUUGCCCCCCAGUGGACUGCAGCCUGUCUUGUCUCCUCAAGCCCUUAAGUCAGUAACUGCCCACACGGGAAGCCAGCCGGUUCUGCGCUAGAGGAUUAGAAGUGGACUGGUGGAUGUCUCCCAGCCUCUGCAGUCCCCCUACCCAGGUAAAGCACAAGGUGCUGUAUUCUUUUAUCUAUAGGAUAGGAUUAUCAUUUCUGUGCUGUUUGCAGUGAAGCAUUAGCUGUAUGGGCGUGAAAGCUGGAGGGCCAUGCCUUGGAUUCUGUUUUUGAGUGGCUAACUCGACUGUUCCGUGCUGCCCAUCCCUAUCCCUCUGUAGCCCAUCCCUAUCCCCCCCACCAUGACCAUCUCUUUCUGGAAAUAAAGUGAUAGCUCUUCAGCCAA